AUGGCCAGAGGCAGAUCCAAGUCGAUAGUGCAGAAGGUGGCGUCUGAGGUGCCUGCCUAUUCUCAAAGCACAGACAAUGAUUCCUCAGAUACAAAAAGCAUUCAUAAUCCCACAUUGCCUCAGAGCCACCCUCAGCAUGUCUUAGUACCUCAACGUGGAAGAUCCAAGUCAUUGACUGUGGGCGUCGAUGUAAAGGUAAAGGUGGCGCCUGAAACACCAACAUUCCCUUUUUCUGAAGAAGAAAAGGAUGCCCUUUGGAUGAAAACUUUGGACACUCUCAAUUACAACACCGUGUUAGACUCACAGCAUAUCGACAGCGUGAACAACUACAACGAUGACUUGGUGUUGCAAUUCCAGUCAGACUGCAACCUCAAUAUCGCUCAGAUUGACAGCAUUGUGGAUGAAAACCAAUUCGUGAUCUCGUCCCUCAACAGCCUCAUGUUCCAGUACGACAAGGUGUCGAAAGAGACAUCUGAAUUUGCGAACCAAGCUACUGGUCUUUUGCAAAAACAAGAGGAGCUCGAAACCAAAGCUCAACAAAUGGAUCACGUUCUCCAGAUUUUCGAACCGCUUGAGCGGAUUAGCAAAAAAUUGGUCAGUUCAGGCAACUCCGUGGUGCGGACCGGCAGAAUCACUACCAUGUUGAUCCAAUUACAAGAGUGUCUUGAAUUCCUAGCUACCCAUGGAAACUACAAAGAUAGCGAGGUGUAUAUCAUUCGCUACCGCCAAUGCAUGACGAGAGGUUUGACAUUGGUCCGUAACUACUUGAUCGACUAUAUCAAAAAACGAGGAGAAGAGGCUUUCGCCAAGACACAAGGUGAAAACCUCAAGAGUUUAUCGUGGGAUAUAAUCUUAUACAGUGAGUACAUCAGUGAGCUCAAUAAAGAGCCCGAGCCCUCCAGUUUCCCUACACUCGUCGGCCAGAUAGUCAGACAAAGCGCAUCGCACAGCGAAUACAAAGGGUUGGUUAGUGAUGUUCUCUCGCAAUACUUCAAGUCGAGAAUCCAACUUGUGCAUCAGCAUGUUGCCCACAACAGAACUGUUGAUGACUCGGAGAACUUGGUUUUACACUCACAGAAGUCCAUCUCAUGGUAUAAAAAGAUCUUGGAGAAGGAAUACAAUUUGUUCGUGAAAUACUUCCCCAUCGACGAGUGGGAUGCCAGUCUGCAAUCUUUUAUAACAGAAGAACUCAACUCCUUCUAUAAGGACCUUUUGGACCCAUUAUACGAUGAAGUCAGAAACAAGGUUCUACGCGAACAGAAUAUUGGUGAGUUGUGCAAGCUCACAAACUUGCUCACGGCAUACUUUGAAGUCGACGAAGAAACGUCAGUGGUGAGUACUUUGCCCGAUGUCAAAAUCGAGUACGGUGAGCUCUUCGAGCCCAUGUUGAGCAUCUCUCAGUCGAGACUAAUAUUCCGCAUUCAAAACUAUAUUGACAACAAACUCAUAAAGUACAAACCCAAGGCAGAAGACUUGCGGCUUGGAAGAAGAAGAUCAUCAAGCAGGCAAAGAAGCCGUGCUGAUUCCAUUUUGGAUGAAGUGGAGGAGAACCUCUUCCCUGACGCCUACACGCCAGUUGGCAAGGCCUUAACAAUCCUUUCUAACAUCUACGACUUGAUCAGCUCCAUGGUCUUCGACGACAUGGCUCACUACAUUGUGCAUAGUUGCAUUUCGAUGCUAAAAAAUGGGGCCUUGCCUCUUGCAAAGUCCCAUCUCGGGAGCUUAGAUGCUAAAUUGUUUUAUUUCAAAAACUUGAUGGUGUUGAGAACACAGCUCAACAACUUCGAUACACAGUAUGUUCGAGCUGAAACGUCACUUGACUUCACAAGCGGAAUCACCGAGUUGAUAAAAACGAUCAGAAGUGGUGAGCUUCAGGUGAAGGUGAAUGAGCAGGGUGGUUUGCUAGAGCUUGUAAGAAAGUCAGCACCACAAGUUAUCAACAACUUGAUUGACGCCAACGAGGAAGCAGAGUCUGAGCUAAGCAACACUGUUACAGACUGGGUGGCGGAGUGUGCUAACACGAUCUGCUCGCCAUUGACAGAUAAAUCUUUGUCACUCAAAAAUAAACUCGUUUCUUUCAACGACAACGUCAUCAUGCAAUUCCCCAAGACGCAUAAUCAAAUCAAGGCGUACAUUGAGGAUGAUGAAGUGAUCAGGUUCCUCGUGGAUCAAGUCUCCAAGUUCAUUUUCACGUCAUAUGAGAGCUUCUAUGUUGAGCUCGAGCAAAAGCUUGCGAAAGGUGAGCUUCAAGCAGAUGAUAUGAGUGAUGUCAUGGAGCCUGACGCCUUCUUCAACUUUUUGAACGACACCGUAACUGGGAUUUUCCAAGCUGAGGAAGCCGAACUGGCAGUUAAGUUGAAUGAGAACAUUCUCGAAGAUCUUGACAAGAUGGACGAAGCAGUUUCGCAAAACUAA